CGCACCACAUGCUCUUCCUUGUCUUUUGGGGUGGCCGAUGGGGAGUCUCGGGAGGAGCCCAUCCGGGCUGGACCUCACCAUUGGUGUUCCUGGUUCGAGCUCUUCUUCUUCUUCUUCUUCCCCAGUUUGGUCUGCAGCGGGCGGUGGUGGUGGCAGCAUGAGGGACUUGGACAUAAACCAGCCAGCUUAUGGCGGAGAGGAGGAUUACCCCAUGGGAAGCGUCGAAGAAGAGGAAGAGGAGGGCGGGACUCCCAGGCCCAAGAAGCUCCGGCUCUCCAAGGAGCAGUCUAGGCUACUGGAAGAGAGCUUUACGCAGCAUCACACCUUGAACCCUAAGCAGAAGGAAGCGUUGGCGAUGAAGCUGGAACUGAGGCCGCGCCAAGUGGAGGUGUGGUUUCAGAACCGCAGGGCCAGGACGAAGCUGAAGCACACGGAGAUGGAGUGCGAGUUCCUGAAGCGGUGCUUCGGGUCGUUGACGCAGGAGAACCGCCGGCUGCAGCGGGAGGUGGAGGAGCUGCGGGCGCUGCGGGUGGCCCCGCCCACCGUGCUCUCCCCCCACACCCGCCAGCCGCUGCCGGCCUCGUCCUUGACCAUGUGCCCCCGGUGCGAGCGGGUGACCGCGGCGCCGCACCUCGCGCCGUCGUCGGUAGGGCGCCACCCAUUCCGCCGUCCCGCCACCCUGCCCUUCGCCGGAAUCGCGGAUGGCUGACCGAGAUCGUGUGGGAUAAGCUUUGUACAUGAGAGACGCACAGGUGUUUUUCCCUCUCAACACCUCUUCGUUCCUCUGUUUGUUCUGUCUAAGGUUCAUGGAACAUCAAAGACUUCCUGCAAAUGUGUUCUACUAGUCACUCUCUUCA